CAGGGCCCAGGCGGAGCCAGGAGGGGCAGUGGGGCCGGGCCUGGGUGGCCCCCCCGGUCCCGCCCCCAUCUAUCUUUGGGAAUUUAUUUGUCCACAGGCGCAGGCUGGCCCACAGUCUAUUGCCUGCCGGGGGCCCAGAGCUGCUCCGACCACCCGGGGGCUCUCCCGCCCAACACAAGCCAAUUGACCUCUGACUCCUGACCUCUGGCCCCACCUGCCCGGCCCUGCCCUUCUUAAGGGGCUGGGAAACCCCUAGACGUUGCGCUGUAGACGCAGGUGUUGUGCCCCAGCCCCCCGCCCUCCCCACCCCACCCCGGGAGCCGAGGCCGUGCCGGGGGCUCGGUCACCAGCCUGCAGCCUGGCGGCCACCAUGGCACGGCGGCUCCAGGACGAGCUGGCCGCCUUCUUCUUCGAGUACGACACCCCCCGGAUGGUGCUCGUGCGCAACAAGAAGGUGGGCGUCGUCUUCCGCCUGAUCCAGCUCGUGGUUCUGGUCUACGUGGUUGGGUGGGUGUUCGUCUACGAGAAGGGCUACCAGACCUCUAGCGGCCUCAUCAGCAGCGUGUCCGUGAAACUCAAGGGUCUGGCUGUGACGAAGCUUCCAAGCCUGGGCCCCCAGGUCUGGGAUGUGGCCGACUACGUCUUCCCGGCCCAAGGGGACAGCUCCUUUGUGGUUAUGACCAAUUUUAUCGCCACCCCCCGGCAGGCUCAAGGCCACUGUGCAGAGAACCCGGAAGGGGGCACAUGCACAGGUGAUAGUGGCUGCACCCCGGGAAAGGCAGAAAGGAAGGCCCAAGGUAUCCGCACGGGCAGGUGUGUGGCCUUCAAUGACACCGUGCAGACGUGUGAGAUCUUUGGCUGGUGCCCCGUGGAGGUGGACGACAACAUCCCACGCCCCGCCCUUCUCCGGGAGGCCGAGAACUUCACUCUCUUCAUCAAGAACAGCAUCAGCUUUCCCCGCUUCAAGGUCACCAGGCGCAACCUGGUGGAGGAGGUGGAUGCCGCCUACAUGAAGACCUGCCUCUAUCACAAGACCUUGCACCCGCUGUGUCCCGUCUUCAACCUCGGCUACGUGGUACAAGAGUCAGGCCAGAAUUUCAGCACCUUGGCAGAGAAGGGUGGUGUGGUGGGCAUCACCAUCGACUGGAACUGUGACCUGGACUGGCACGUGCGACACUGCAAACCCGUCUACGAGUUCCACGGGCUGUACGAGGAGAAAAAACUGUCUCCAGGCUUCAACUUCAGGUUUGCCAGGCACUUCGUGGAGAACGGGACCAACCACCGGCACCUCUUCAAGGUGUUUGGGAUUCGCUUUGACAUUCUGGUGGCCGGCAAGGCCGGGAAGUUCGACAUCAUCCCCACAAUGACCACCAUCGGCUCUGGCAUUGGCAUCUUCGGGGUGGCCACGGUUCUCUGUGACCUGCUGCUGCUCCACAUCCUGCCCAGGCGGCACUACUACAAGCAGAAGAAGUUCAAGUACGCAGAGGACAUGGGGCCGGGGCCGGGGGAGCAUGACCCCGCGGCCACCAGCUCCACCCUGGUUCUGCAGGAGAACAUGAAGACAUCCUGACCUCUGCCCCUGACCCUGACUGGACGAAGCACGAGGCUUCCGGCGGAGGCCCCGGCAGGGUCCCGGCCAGGGCAGAGGGGUCUCCCCGCGAGAUCUCCCCCCUCAACCUUCAGCCAGGCAAACAUCAGCUUGCCGGGAGCUUUAGGUGGCCACUGUGAGAGGCCGGCAUGAGUCAGGGCUCUGGGCUCCAACUCUGCACCCCCAAGGGAGCCUAGCCCUGGCCUCAGCCGCUCCUGGCUUAGAGGUUCGUGCCUCUCCCUCCGGGCCCUCAUCCACGCCUCCCACGGCCUCGUGUCUCAGACUGUGUUCUGCUAUGUGGCAGCCACUAGCCAUGGGUGACUAUUUAAAUUUAAAUUAAUUGCAAUUGAAUAAACUAAAACAUCCGUCCUUCAGCCUAGCCUAAAUGCACACACGUGGCUGGUGGUUGCCCCGAUGAACCACACAGAACAUUUCCAGCAUCACAGAAAGUUCUGCUGGACGGGUCUCCUUGAACCCCAUUUCUUCCUGGCCCCAGAUUUCCCGGGGGAGCUUACCAAGAGUGCCAGUGGCACCUGGGCCAUCCCAGACCUCCUGAAUGAGAAUCUCCAGGGCUGGUCACAUAAUCUGCAAAAAUAGCCAGCUCUUCAGGUCAUUUUUAGGACCUGCGUUUUAGAACCACUCCUGACUAGGUGUCCGAUAUAGCCGAGGCCUGCAUCACCUGGCAGGUGCAGGCCUUGAGCAGAUGUGUGGUGCACUCACAAGCCUCACGGUGUCUCAUGCACACUCAUCUGAAUGCACUCCCCCCCCAUCCACACUGUGUAUUUGAACAGCAGCCAUCUGAACACACUUACACCUCCAGGCACAGACUCGUGGUCCACGCCACAUCCCCUCCCCGGGGAUGAGCUUCUCCCUGCGUGUGUCAGGCCAGGACAGCCCCGUCUAGUGAUGGAUUCUUACUCAGCUACCUCUGAUCUGGGUGGGCACCUCAGCUGAAUCCUGGGCCCCCUGCCUGUGACUCAGCCCCAGCUCUUGCGAAGCCUGCCUGGAUCUGUCAGAACACAAGGUCUGGGAAAUAAAUCAAGGGGUGGCGUAUAAUAAACGGAAUGAUGAAUGAG